UUUCAUUAUUUGACAGAUUUGAACAUGCAGCCCAUUGCAGCGCCUAUAAACAGAAAAUCUCUGUCGUUUUAAUGUUUUUUUAAAAACAUGGCUGUGAAUGGCGAGUCAUAUGAUAAGCCUGUUUUUAAAACACUGAAACGCCAGGCAGUGAGCGAAGUAUUAGAUUUUUCAAGUCAAUAUGGUUCUGAUCAGUCAAAAAGCUACACUGCACAAAAUGUUGUUGGAGAAAUUUAUAAUUACCCCAGCUAUGGUGAUUUUACCCAAUCACUUGUUUUUGUAAGUAUGAAGAGUAUGUGAAAUGAAAUUACUAAUAUUUUGUGUGUUAUUCUAUGGUUAUUCUUCAUAUUAAAUUCUUUAUUCCUAAAGCUUACAACUUUUACUUACUGUCAGUUUACUGUACAUUCACAGUUGAGUACAAUAAUUUAUAUACAGUACUACGCUGCAACAUCUGAAAUACAGACUGUUAGACCCAUAGAUAUCUUAUAGACACUAGAUAGUGCAUCUAAUUAUUCUGCAAUUCAAAAAUUGAAGCCGUGAUUGCAGACUCAGGAUAUUCCCAUGAAAUGAGAAGACUCGUAUGUUUUCUAUUUCCUAAACAGGGAACUUAAAUUAAACAUUAAGUUAAACCUAUUCCAAAUACAUUUUCAAACUAUUCAAAUGAUGAAAGUUAUUGUUGUUUUAUAAGUGUUUAUUAGCGAGUGGGAAACUCCAACAUGCCCGCCAUCUAUUCAAAUGGGGGUAACCGCUGGAAUAUUCUUGGCUUCAAUUUUACUAAAAGAGAUGCACUAUCUCAGUGGCGUAACUACUAUGGGUUCAGACCGGGAGAACCCGGGGGCCCCCAACCCCAAUGGGCCAAAUGGGGGCCCCCAGGCUUAGGCUGUAGAGCAAAUACAUUGGCCAGGGCCUCUAAUAUUUUACAAUGUCGUUUUCUGACCAUCAGAAUUCUGUAAAAUCUCUCCCCAAAGUCCGGGAAAUGGCAUUUCAGAGAGUCUAGAUUAAAAAAUUUUCCGGAAAACUUGUGCAUAUACGGCGCUCAACUUGUGCAUUCGACAUUUCUACUAUGGCAUUUUUGGUAUGAUCAUGAUCGAUAAAAUCAUGACAAGAGAUUGUGUCAAGAACUUUCAAGAUCAAGAUGGAUAAAAUCUUGGCAAAUCAUAAAAUAAUAAUAUUUAAUAUUUAUAUUGCGCAAAUUAACAUGUUAUAGUAUAUGAUCAAAUGCGGCAAUCAUUCUGGGAUCAUGGCAAGAUCAUGGUGAGAUCUUGACAAGAUCUUCCAAGACCAUGGCAAGAUUAUAAUAGAAUCUUGGCAAGAUUGUGAUAAGAUCUAAUAGCAAGGAUCAUGGUGGGAUCUUGACAAGAUCCUCCAAGAUCAUAGCAAGAUUACAAUAGGAUCUUGGCAAGAUUUUGAUAAGAUUCUUGGCAAGAUCAUUGUGGAAUCUUGGCAAGAUUGUCCAAGAUCAUGGCAAGAUUAUGAUAGAAUCUUGGCAAGAUUAUGAUAGAAUCUUGGCAAGAUUGUGAUAAGAUCUUGGCAAGGAUCAUGGUGGGAUUUUGGCAAGACCAUGGUGGGAUCUUGACAAGAUCCUCCAAGACCAUGGCAAGAUUACAAUAGGAUCUUGGCAAGAUUUUGAUAUGAUCUUGUUAAGAUCAUGGUGGAAUCUUGCUACAAUUGUCCAAGAUCAUGGCAAGAUUAUGAUAGAAUCUUGGCAAGAUUAUGAUAAGAUCUUAGCAAGGACCAUGGUGGGAUCUUGGCAAGAUCACGGUGGGAUCUUGACAAGAUCUUCCAAGAUCAUGGCAAGAUCAUGAUAGAGCUAGUAUUGGCAAUAUUGUGAUAUAAUUGUGAUUGGUUUGAUCAAGGUUCAUUAUACCUAUACUCUUGAAGGUCGAAAACUGCAACAGCUAGCAAGAAAUAUAUGCAAUAUGAAGAAAAAUCAUGAAAGAUCUUGACAAGAAUUUCAGACAAUCUUGGCAAGAUUUUGGCAAGUAUGGCAAGAUUGAAUAAUCUUGGCAAGAUAUUGGUAAUAUCUUGGCAAGAUCUUACCAAGAUUAGAGUCUUCCCAAGAACUUAAUGCCAUAUAUGAUCUUCCAAGAUCAUGCAAGAUCCUACAAGAUCUUGCCAAGAUCUUCAACCUGCGCCUCCAUUAUUCAACUUGUUACCAUGAUAUGCAUUCCAUGCAUAUUGUUUUCACUUGCCAAAAGUCUACACUUGCAAUAUAUAUUAUGUCAUGUUUCUCGAUCGUUACCUGUCUUGGGUGGGUUCAGAUAUGGUGAAUAUUGAUUCAAUGUUACAGUAAUUAAUACAGCGAUUUCGUUAGAGAAUUUCAAGGACUUUUAUGUCUUUUUGUGUCUGCAGAUCAAUCGCUUUUAUCUAGUUACUGUAAACAAGAACACUAGCGACCCUCAAACUAUAAAUAAAUGUAAUUUCAUGAAUUUCCGAGUAAAAUCGCGAUGAUAAUUAAUGCACACGAACAUGUGAAAACGGAUCAACUUCGUAGAGCGGCCUUGCCUGUGCUAACAUGAAUAUGGACGUAGCGGCCCUCAGUAUUCAAAUAUUAGUCACAUCCAAUUUUAAUUGCUAUUAAUUUAUAGUCAGUAAAAUAUGUCAGUCAUUAUAUUUGUGGUGUAUAUCCUACACAGACCAUUCCUGGAGACCUGGACAGACAUUUUUAAAAUUUUUGCCCAUAUAUUACAAGAUCAUUUAGAGCUGUACGUGAUUAUAAUUAUAAGAAAUCGUCCAAAGGUUUGAAUUUAUAUAAAUUAGUCAUAUUUCAUGACUUGGUCGUUCACAUAUGGAUAUGACUGUUUAAUUAAAGUAAUUUAAUUAGCAGAGAACCCCAAGAAAAAUAUUCAGUUUAAUUAAUCCAUUGAGUGGCAGACUCUCCCUUUUGACAAGUAAAAUUAUCUGGAGUUAGACGGAGUAAAAUAGUAAAGUAGGGCACAUCAGGGUGCAUUGCCACAUACUUAAUUAAAGGAUUAAAUUAAACCUUAAAAUAAGAAAUCAUAUUAUAUUAUUAACGUAUUUAACUAACUUUAAAGACUAAAGUUUAGUUGCCUGACAAAAGCAACACUUGAUCACUCACAUGCAGUUACAGUAUACCUUAUUACUGUAUAUAAGCAUGCUGUAUAGGACUGAGGGCUCCUACAUUUUUUCUGUCAUGGGUAUGAAAAUAUAUUUUUUAUGUUAUAGAGAACUUAUGGAACAUGGUGGAACCAAUGUCCGUCAACCCCAAAACCUUUUAAAGAAUACACAAAUUUAUCUUUUAUUAGUCAGGAUUUUGUAGGUUUGUGCAACAUACACUAUAAUUCAGCGAGAAAGCUAUGGAUUGAUAGGGAUAAUCAUGGGCGUACCGGAAGGAAAAAUUUAGGGGGGCGGAAAGAAAUUUGCCCGACUUUUCCGGAUUUUGCCCGACACGUACCGAAAUUUUUUUUCCGGAAUUUGUUUUGGCUACCUCAACCCCCGUCGCCAAAAAAAUUUCGGUCAGUGUACCAUUUAAGGGGUCCAAAAUUUUUCCAGGACAUACCAAAAUGUUCCGGAACCUAACAAAAAUUCUGGAAACAUCACAAAAUUGACAGAAUUUGUCCAAUUUAUUUUUUUAAUAAACCAAAAUUGCCCGACUGUUCAGCGAAUAUUGCCCGACUGCCCAACAAUUUAUAUUUGGGCAUUUUAUAUAUCAGGGGUGUAGGAAGCAAAUACCCUCCCCCCCAAAAUUGUAUAUAUUUAUAAUAAUUAUUGGAUCAAAUUAUAGCUUGAAUCGCCCCCCUUAAUAAGUGGAUCAAAUUAUAGCUUUCGCCCCCCAAAAACAAUAGAAUUUUUUUAAAUGUGCUUAUGUUAUGGGCCUAUUAACAAUGAUAGCAUAGACUCACAAAUCAUAAUGAAACAGCCUAAUCUAAUGAAAGAGGUAAAAAGAGUAAACCUGAGAAUGUCAAUUCCAAACUUUUCCCUCUCAGUGCCAACCAUGGUAGACUGUCCACAGCCAUAAAUUAUCCUGUAAUAGAAUUUAUGGCUGUGCACAGGCUAGUAGUCAAUAUGGAGGUGCCAUGUGGAAUUGGGCCCCCUAUAAAGUUUAUGAAGCUUCCUACGCCUGUGUUACGUAUACAUAAUCAUUUGCUUUCAUUUACAUUAUAGUGUAUACUGUAAAUCACUAGACGUGCAAUGUUCAAUAAUUUUCACUUUUAUACAGUUCAUGUAGAAUGUACAGUAUACUAUAUAGUAUUUAAAAGCAAGAUGAACAACUGGCCAUCAACUCUCUCUUUGUUGUAGAUAUUCAAUUUAAUGAUGCUGUGUAUCCAACAGAAAUAGAAAUAUUUGAAACAUAUAACCCCGGUGCUGUAGUCAGGAUUCUUGCAUUUAACAGUAAUGCAGAAAUAACAGAUAUACAUAAUAGGUAACUAUAUACAUUUGUUAAUACCUGCAUGUUCACAUGAUUAUAAUUAUCAGGGCUGCAAAUUACUGUCGGACAUCGGACAAUGUCCGACUAAAUUUGGCAAAUGUCCGAGGAAAAGUGAUUUUGAUCGGACAUUGGUCCGAUCACACAAAAAAAUUGUCACAUUAUACACAUUUUUUUGCUGUGACAAAAUCCGAUUGCAAAUUCACUCAAUUUGUAUUUUGCAAUUAAAUUUACGAGGCAUUCUAGCAUUUUACUUAACGUUGCGCUGGAAUGGCUAUACAUACUUGUCUUGUGACAUAUAUAUCUUAAUUGUGACGUAUAUAUGUCCGACCAAAUUCAAGUUAUGUCCGACCAAAAUUAAAAGUGAUCGGACAAAUGUCCUGUCAAGUCAAAUAUUUAUUUGCAGCCCUGAUUAUAUAUUUUCACGCAGUGACUGUACUUCUUUACUUAGCAGUAUAGUUGCCACUAAAGACAUUUCGUGAACACAUGCACACGUACCAUAUUUCCUCGUUUUAAUUACGGUGUCCCAGUUGAUUUGGACCCCCGUAGAUUUGGACCCCCGGUCCAUAUCCACUAGUAGAUAUGGACCCCCCGGUCCAAAUCUCCUAGCAGAUAUGGACCCCCGGGGGUCCAAAUCUACUAGUAAAUACGGACCCCCGUUGGCGGAUUUGGACCCCCCUUCAAAAGUUAAAUAUAUGUAAUGUGAACACAAUAAUAUAAACCAAAUUAAUAAUAGCGAUCAAUCUGAAGUAUUUUAUCAUAGGAAAAUAGAAUACAGUGUGACUAAAAUCUAUGUAUAGUAUUUGCCAAUAACGAAUCACUGUUUAACAAAAGCGAUAGAAAUGGCAUUUGGAUCGACACGAAACACGAUUUUCAUGAAUGUUUUUGAACAAUCAAAGUGGUGGUGACUCAUCUAAAUGGAAGCCUGUGACCAUCCACCAAUGAUUUUUAACAAAAACCAUAGAAAUAGCAUAUUAGAGCAACGCCAUCCAUGAAUAUUUUUAAACAAUAAGUGAUGUUUGUGAGUCUUUGCUAAUGGGCUUUUUAAAAAAAGCCAUAGAAAUAGCAUAUUAGAGCAACGCGAUUCCAUGAAUAUUUUUAAACAAUAAGUGAUGACUUAUCAGUUGCCUUGCAGCUAUAUAAAUGUUUUAGUGUCAUUCGCGAUUUCAAUGCGAAUAGAACUAUAAUCUCUGUUUAACGCAAAAUGGCUGAUUUGACUGCGUACGAAGAAGUAUUUCAUUAUCUUCGCGACAACGAGUCCCCAAUUCUUACAACAAAGACCAGAAGAGGAACACCGUUAUUGGUUUUUUUUUUAGUAUAUAAAAGUGUUUAAAAAACGGGGGUCCAUAUCCGCUAAAGGGGGUUCAUAUCUACUAGGAGAUUUGGACCGGGGGGUCCAUAUGUACUAGGAGAUUUGGACCGGGGGGUCCAAAUUUACUGGGGGGUCCAAAUCCGCUGUGACAACGGCAAGGUGCGAUAUCGCUUACAGAGUAAUUACAGCGCUAUUUAAGAAUUAAUUUCAGUAUUUGUAAAAACAAUCACUGCAAAAGACUUCUAUAAGUUAGGUGUAUUGUGCAAGCAAAUUGUUUUCUGCCUUCGCUACAGAAACGGACAAGUUGAAUAAGAGAAAACCGAAAUACUCAUGUGAUGUGUAUAUAUCAUAGAUAUCUUAUAUACACUAGAUAGCGCAUCUCUUUUAGUAAAAUUGAAGCCAAGAAUAUUCCAGCGGUUACCCCCAUUUGAAUAGAUGGCGGCCAUGUUGGUCAUUCCCACUCGGAUGGUGUAUUUUACGGAAUGGCGGAAUUGACGGAAUGGCGGAAUUGACGGAAUGGCGGAAUUGAUCAUGAAUAUAUACACUAUCAUCCAUACUUUAUUAGUUUGUUUUCAGCAACAGCUAUUCGACAUAACACUGUCGGAUGAUUAUGGUGAUUCAUGCAAGUUUUAAAGUGCAAUUACUGUUUGCAUUUAUGUACAAUAUACAUUUACUGAUAUACGGAUUGAUUUAAUCAGCAAAAUGCCAAAAUCCUGUGAAGAUAUUAAGUCUGCAGCUGUCAAAACAAGAACCUUUACAAACCUCUCAACUCCAGAAACAACUUCUGAGUAUAACCUCUUGCCCGACAUCUUGAAAAAGCUAGCAAGAGUUUUUCAAUAUCAAUGUUGUAUUAUUCGCUGACUUAUUCCCACAGAAAAACACGUGCAUUUAUGUGGCGUUCGUUUAUAUAUCGCGAUGACGUUACAAAUCACGCGACCAAGGCCAAGCCUGACACGCAGGUUUUAUAUUCGGUCAAACCAAAACUCGAAGUGUUCACUCUUAAACUUUAACUUAAACUAUUUCUUAACCUUGAAAUAUUUUUUAGAAAGACUUUGCAUAAUUUUAUAUUUUGGCGAUGGUUAUUUGAAAAUUUAAGCACAACAGUUACAUUAUGCCUCUCGUAGUGUAGCCUAGUCAGUCCUGUAAAACAAAGUAAUUUCCAUCAACAUUCCCAAGCUGUUUUUCGCCUACAAUCAAAUGUCAGUUGUGUGAAGCCAAAACCAAGAAAUAAACAGAAUGUACAACAUAUUUCAAACCUUAGUUGUGCUAAUACUGGCGAAAGUCAACCGGCACCAAGUGGGACCGGAUCUUUGAAAUAGUUGGACCGCCUACCUCUGGUUGAAACGCUUAACGCGACAGUUAGUAACCCCAUGCGUACAUCUCGAAGUGGGGCCGAACCCCUUGAUUGGAUAGGACGGUUGCCCCUACUUGUUAAUUACUCGACACAUGCGCCUCGCUCACGCCAGACUCAAAGGAAUGAAACAGGAAAGAUGAACCGGCAUACGUUUUUUCGGUCGCGAUUCAGCCAGCAGGCAGACUGGUUGAAUUACCUGGAGUUUGUCCGUCACACAUUGCAAUAAACUUGGAGAUCCCUGUCGCAGCUAGUAACAACACUAUAAUCACACCGGAACGAAACACUAUACCAGUAAGAAUUACAUCUUACCAUGAAAUCGAAGGUCAGCAGUCUAGCGCUCCGUGUUAUAAUGAACAUAUUCCUAAUACUAGCAAACGAAACCGUAGCGGAACGCGUAAUCUAAUUGAAAUUCCAAUCAAGAAUCCAUCCCUAUAUCAAAGCACGUCUCUAUAUCAAAGCCCAAAGUGCGCCCAAAGUAAUUUACUGACAUUCCUUCUCUCAAAUACAAGAUCACUUUUACCAAAGGUGGAUGAAUUAAAAAUUAUACUUGACCAAUAUGAUGUGAGUAUGGCCUUCAUAACCGAAACAUGGUUAAAUGAGAAAAUCGACGAUGCAGCAGUUUGUAUUCGCGGGUAUUCAAUAGCAAGAUGUGAUCGAAUUGAUAAACUUGGCGGUGGAGUUUGUGCUUUUAUUAAAUCAGACAUCCCGUUCAAAAUUCUAACAGAAUUUAAUGACAUCAAUUUUGAAACCUUAUGGAUCUAUGUACGACCUUAUAAACUUAAUCGAGGCUUCUCGUGUUUGAUCGUCUGUGUGACCUAUAAACCUCCAUCCAGCGACAACGCCGCGUUUAUAGAUCACCUCAGCUCAACACUUGACCUCGCUCUCAAUAAGUACCCAAAUGCAGGUAUAUUUUUACUCAGAUGUCCUGAGAUUUUAACAGAUGUCCUGUCUCAUCUUUAUUAAGACAUUUUACUGCGAAACAAAUCGUAAAACAACCAACCAGGAAUGAUGCUGUCCUUGACCUUCUUCUUACUAAUAUGUCAGACACAUGUGACCCUCCUAAGGUGAUCGCACCCAUCGGACUCAGCGACCAUAAUUCCGUUUUAUGCAUUUUAAAAAAAUGUAAAUCAUUGAACGGAUGCAAGAAAAUAAAAAUUAGACCCGGUAACAGAGGUGCCAAAGUUGCAUUUGGAAGAUGGCUAACGAACUAUAAUUGGACUAACCUGUAUCAUACUGCACCGUGCGAACAAAAACUGGAAAUUUUUCAGGAUGUUAUUCAUACCGGCUUAGACCACUUCCUUCCAUGUAAAGUAGUUAAAAUGCACGACCGAGAUAAGCCUUGGAUAACACCUUCAUACAAGGAACUUAUUAAAAGCAGACAGAAGGCAUUUUUUCAGAAAAAUGACAAAUUGUACCGGCGACUACGUAAUCGUGCCAAUCGAGAAAGUAAGUACCUUAAAUCUGCAUUCUUAGAACAUAAAUUGAAACAAUUGAAACGUAACCCUGAUCCUAAGAAAUGGUGGGACACCGUAAAACAAAUAGCUGGCUACCCUAAGAAGAAAUCUUUUUCAAGUAUUGUCCUAGGAGAGCAAGUCGUCUCUGGAAAGCAACUUGCUGAAAAAAUUAACGAGGCUUUCGUAUCCGUUACUCGAGAUAUUCCUCCCCUUAGUCCUAUCCCUUUCCCCGAUAGCCAAUUACAAAGCGAUUGUACUACAAUUCCAACCGAGUACUUUAUUAGGGAAGAAGACAUUUAUUAUAAAUUAUCUUCAAUAUCAUCCUCGAAAGCGGCUGGCCCAGAUGAAAUACCGAAUUGGGUCCUAAAAGAUUAUGCGCCCCUGCUGUCUCCCCCUGUUACUUCAAUCUUCAACGCCUCCCUUCAACAGGCGUCUGUUCCCGGGGUAUGGAAAAAAGCCGACGUCAUCCCUGUACCUAAAAAUAAGGUGCCGAGGGACAUUACUAAGGACUUGCGUCCCAUCUCGCUUACUGCCACUUUGUCAAAAACGUGUGAACGUUUUGUCGCAGACUGGCUGAUGGAGUUGAUUGGUGAGAAGAUCGAUAAACGGCAAUUUGGAUCUCUAAAAAACUCCUCAACAACACAUGCAUUAUAGACCUUAUUCAUAAAUCGUGAUGAGGCCUCGUAUCCUAGGAAACGGGGGAAAACGCGGGAAAAUUGACAAAAUGUGUUUUUUUUGCUGACGGCUAUGGCAGCUUUUUUUUCGUGAAUAUUACGGCUUUUUUCGAAAAUAAUAUCUAUAAAACUGAGCUUGAAAGUUGAAAAAAUACUUCUGAGAAAAUAUAACAUGAUAUUUAAAGCAAAAGAUGCUGGAGUCAAUCGAAAAAGGAAACCUUUGACUUUGUAUUAUUGUCGUAGUUUGUAUGGUCAAAACAAACAACCAACAAGGCUACAAAACGUCUAUACAACACCAAAAUCGUAAGGAAUAUGAAACUAUUGUUGAAGAAAUAGGAUUACAACUCACUCAGGUAAUGUAGCCUCCAUUUUUUAAACUUGUAUAGGCUGCUUGCAGAUGCUAUCGAGCCACAGCCAUAGUUCAUAUUUUCCCGUACGAAUCAAUAACAUUUGACGUUCUCUUGUGAUUUUUUACUGUUGUUUUCUUUCAAAUUUAUGUCAAAUGCGAAAAAUUAUACUUCCAUUCCAAAGUUGUCUUGAUUCUUCGCGGAAUAACCUUUAUAUUGACGUUAAAAUCUCAGUAAAAUACUGUUUUUCGCUUCUGGAUAAACACCAUCGCUACGUUGUCAUUUUUUCCACACAAAAACUGGAGAAAAACCGGUCGCUUUUAUAAUAUACUCGUUUACCGCUUUCGUUGUGGGCACAAAGUCCUGAAAUACACACAAAAAUCGUUAUAAAUCGCAAAAAGCAACAAGAAACAAGCGGUUAAAGUCGACACAAUAGCAUCUGAAUUUGGCUUGUCAAGCAGUUUUCGCUUGUUUUCCCGCGUUUUGUUCCCGUAUCCUACGAUACGAGGCCUCGUCACGAUUUAUGAAUAAGGUCUAUUGAGCCUUCUCCAUCACUUAUUAAACGAAACUGAUGCGCCGAAAAACGCUGUGAGAAUUUUUUUAUUAGACUUCUCCAAAGCUUUUGAUCAUAUUGAUCAUAACAUCCUCCUCAGUAAAUUAUCUGGUAUGGACGUUCCAUCAUUAAUAACAAACUGGAUAAGAAGUUUUCUUACUCAACGAAGCCAACGGGUCAGAAUGCCCCAUUGUGUGUCAGAAUGGCAAAUCCUUAACGGUGGAGUACCCCAGGGAACUGUUUUAGGCCCAAUCCUCUUCCUAAUCAUGAUAAAUGAUCUCCUCGCCGAUUGGAAAGACCGAUGGAAAUACGUUGACGACACCACCACUACCGAAACCAUUGGCCCAGAUUGUAACAGCAACCUUCAAGAACUGGUUAAUUACAUCAAUAAUUGGACUACGAGUAAUAAUAUGAAAUUAAACAUUGGAAAAUGCAAAUAACUGGUUAUUGAUUUUGCAAAAAAGAAGCAUUGCUUUCCCCCUUUAACAGUCGAUAAAGUUAAUAUUGAACGAGAGAAAUCUGCCCGUAUCCUUGGCCUCACAGUUCAAGAUAACAUGAAGUGGAAUGAACAUAUAAACAACAUAGUUAAAAAAGCUAGCAAGAGGCUCUAUAUGCUAAGACUGCUAAAAAGGUCCAACGCGUGUAUUGACACGUUAAUUACUGUAUAUACUACCAUUAUUAGGCCUGUUUUAGAGUACGCAUGCCAGGUCUGGCAUUACAAUAUCCAACAAUAUUUAUGUGACGAUAUUGAAAAAAUACAAAAACGCGCGUUGAGAAUCAUCCUCCCAUCGCAAAAGUACGACGAAGCGCUGAUCACGACUAACAUCACGUCACUGAGAGAUCGCCGAGAAAAAUUAUGCGAACAUUUCUUUGAGAAGAAUAUUGACAAUGAAAAUAUCAAAGAUCUUUUACCACAAACAGUUUUAUCUGGAUAUGAUCUAAGACCGAUAUGUAAAUAUCAUAAUUAUGUUUGCAGAACCGAACGUUUUAAGAAUUCGUUUUUACCUCAAAGUAUAUUAAAGAUUAACAGUAAAUAAGUUUUUAGAAAUGUAAAUAAUCUUAAAUAUGUAAUUAUUAUGUAAUUUUAACUUAUCCUCUUAAUUUAUGUAAUACUGGUGUAAUUUAACCUUUUUGGGUUACAAAGUCAGUAGUCAUUAAAUCAAUUCAAUUCAAUUCAACCGGGUUUGACAUAAAAUUAUUAUGCAUGCAGUUAAAAAUUAUGCUUUUCCGAAUUGUCAAAUUCAUUUAGGCCCUACUAGGUAAAUUUCUGCUGUGAUGCUUUACUUUUUCUUUGCUACUUUCUAUCUUAUUUUGAUUCUUAUAGAGCCUUAUAGUGUAGACUUAAAUAUCAUGAUGUAAAAUGUCUUUUGUUUACAUGUACAUGCGUCGGCUAUCAUUUCGACUAUUUAUUUCAACUCAAAUUAUUAUCGGGCUUGGUCGCGUAAUUUCGAAAACGGGUGUAAUUUUUGUAGUCUAUGCUGCACCCUGUGUAGAACCAUGGAUAGUGUAUCACGGUAGAACCGGAGGAGUUUGGGCAGCUGUCACGUGAAUUUCUCGACCAAUAAAAUCGUGUUUAUUCUCGUCAUGUUUGAAAAAAAUUUUGGUCUUCAAAUUUUCAGUGGACGCAGAAAUGCCUAAAAAUUGCCACAAAAGCAAGAAUAACCACAAACGCAGAAAUACCAUUCCGUCAAUUUGGCCAUUCCGUCAAUUCCGCCAUUCCGUCAAUUCCGCCAUUCCGUCAAUUCCGCCAUUCCGUCAAUUCAAAAUACACCAUCCGCGUUCCCACUUGCUAAUAAACGCUUAAAAAGAACAAUAACUUUCAUCAUUUGAAUAGUUUAAAAACGUAUUUGGAAUAGGAUUAACCGCCCUCGGUUAACUUAAUGCUUAAGUUCCCUGUUUAAGAAAUAGAAAACGUACGAAUCUUCUCAUUUCAUGGGAACGACGUGAGACUGCAAUCACGGCUUCAAAUUUUGAAUUGCAGAAUAAUUAGAUGCACUAUCUAGUGUAUAUAAGAUAUCUAUAGUAUAUAUACUUUAGAAGACUGUAUCAUGUAUGUGAUCAUUAGAUAAGUCAGUUCCCUCGGACAUUUCUUACAAAUACUUCAAAACUUAGAAUUUACCUAAUAUAUGCAAAAUUCCCACUGUGAUCACAGAAACUUCGUUAGUGUAAACCAGGCUUACGCUUGUAACUUAUUGGAUAAAACUCAUUAUGAAUCCCUGAAUCCUCGUUGACUCGCGAUAGCUCAAUACUGGGUAGAGUGGACGUCUGGACUAGAAACCCGAAGAUGCCACUUCGGAUCCCACUCCAGACAAAGAAUGUUUUCUUCAUGUACUCUGCAGUGUCAGAAUAAUAUGUUAGGCUUAAUAUAUUUGCUCUACCGUGUGCUGAGUAUAUGGUGGCAAACUGCUUUUUAUGGACAUAUAUUAUAACGCAUUAUUUUGUCGGUUACAUGCCGUAGAUAAAUUCAUAACGCAUUAUUUUGGUGAAAUAGGAAAAUAUACGCAUAUAGCUACAUAUUGACAAAGUUGAUCGCCUCUCGUUGGUUUGUAUAUUCUGCGCCAUAUAGAUUUGGUCUGAAGUUCAUCACGCAUAUUUUAUAAUUCUAGCACAUUUUUACUGUGCCUGUGGGUAUAUAUGCCCCUACAAACAACAACAAAGUUACAAACUUACAAUGACAUCGCAGAAACUCGUUUUGUGAUCAGUUUAGUGAGGUUUUUUCUAGUGCAAUGCCAAUGGGAAAAUAGCCUUAAGUUUUCAUUUUAUAAUUGCCGACCUUUCAGUAAGCAGGGUGUUAGCUACAGUCAAAAAUUCCGCAUUAAAUUUGGUUUUCCCAAUUACCUUGAGGUCGCAAUUUAAGUUCCCAAUUUGGAUCAGCCAAAAAAUAGUUAUAGAAAUUCAGUGUUGUUAAUAUGCCAUUAAAAACAUGUUUAUAACUACAUUUACUCAAAAUUACUCCCAAAAUGCGGGAAAUGGCAUUUCAAAGACACAACAAUUUUAAAAAUCGAGAGGGGGCAACCGCAUGCCCCCAGACCCACAAAGAAAUGCCCGGCUUCAGGCUAAAAUAAAUUUCCCAAUUUCAUGUUAAACGCAGAUUUUUUUUUACUUCUGGCUAACACCCUGGUAAGGAACCGAGAAGAUAAUCUUCAUCCAUGAUUACAACGUAUAUAACAUGAUUUUUCCCGUUCCUCGAACACAGGCAUAUUUUUCUUUUACUUAAAGAUGGUUUGUUCUAUGGUCAGGAAAUGUACAGAUAUGUAAACGCCAAGCUCGGGUAUUUUCACCAAAGUUAAAGAAAUGUCCAUUCAAAACCAGGUACCUAAAUUCGACGAAUUAUAGUAUAUGAGAUAAGUAGUUUUACGCUAUUUUUGAACAAUUUCCGAAAUAUUCAUGGUGCAUGCAAAUAGUUAGAUUGCCAACAAGGCAACAUAUUUCAAUAUUUUUCAGUGUUCUGCAGAUUUCGAUAAGUUCUCCAACCUUUCUUGGCUAA